GGGACCAUAAGCUAACCAGAAGUGUUCGCCUGAAGAUGUCUGACAGCGCAGAGUCUCCAACGGAACCGCUGAAAGAAGAGUCACGGCCACCGGCAGACGAGCAGGCGAAUAAUGAAGAGAAGAAAAAGAUUGAUGUUCUGUUGAAGGCAGUGGGAGACACUCCUAUAAUGAAAACAAAGAAGUGGUCAGUAGAAAGGAGCAGGACGGUUCAGGCCCUGGCUCAGUUCAUCUCUCGUUUCCUCAAGCUUGAUGCCAAUGAACAACUGUUCAUCUAUGUUAACCAGGCUUUUGCGCCGUCACCGGAUCAAGAAGUAGGACUCUUAUUUGAUUGUUUUGGCAGUGAUGGAAAGCUGGUCCUACAUUACUGUAAAUCUCAAGCCUGGGGUUAAACGCCUUUUUAUAUGACAAUAUUUUCUUACCUUUGCUUCAUUUUUUUUUCCUGCCAGCGUUUAUGUACAUACAUAUUGUAAAUAAAUUAUUCUAACCGUGUAAA